AUGGAAAAACUGCUUUUCUUUCUGCUGUUCAUUGGCGUUGUGGUGAGAGCUCAGAUCUGCCCAAAGCGCUGUGUCUGUCAGAUUUUGUCUCCGAACCUUGCCACCCUUUGUGCCAAGAAAGGGCUCUUAUUUGUUCCUCCCAACAUUGAUAGGAGGACCGUGGAGUUGCGGCUGGCAGACAACUUUGUUACAAACAUUAAAAGGAAAGACUUUGCCAAUAUGACCAGCCUGGUGGACCUGACACUGUCCAGGAAUACAAUCAGUUUUAUUACACCUCACGCAUUUGCUGACUUGCGCAAUUUGCGGGCUUUGCAUUUGAACAGCAACCGAUUGACUAAGAUCACUAAUGACAUGUUCAGUGGGCUCUCCAAUCUGCACCACUUGAUACUUAACAACAACCAACUGACUUUGAUUUCUUCCACAGCUUUCGAUGAUGUUUUAGCUCUCGAGGAACUGGAUUUGUCUUACAACAACCUAGAAACCAUCCCUUGGGACGCAGUGGAGAAGAUGGUUAGUUUGCACACGCUCAGUCUAGACCACAACAUGAUCGACCAUAUUCCUAAGGGGACCUUCUCUCACCUCCACAAGAUGACCAGGUUGGACGUCACGUCUAACAAACUGCAGAAGCUACCGCCUGAUCCUCUCUUCCAGCGAGCUCAGGUGCUGGCAACCUCAGGAAUUAUCAGCCCCUCGACUUUCGCGCUGAGCUUUGGUGGGAACCCUUUGCAUUGCAACUGUGAGCUUUUGUGGCUGAGGCGUCUUUCGAGGGAGGAUGACCUGGAGACCUGUGCGUCUCCCACGCUCUUGUCCGGCCGGUACUUCUGGUCGAUCCCCGAGGAGGAGUUCCUGUGUGAGCCCCCUCUCAUCACUCGGCACACCCACGAGCUGCGGGUGCUGGAGGGCCAGCGGGCAGCACUGCGGUGUAAGGCCCGGGGGGACCCCGAGCCUGCGAUUCACUGGAUUUCACCUGAGGGCAAACUGAUCUCCAACGCAACGAGGUCCGUGGUGUACGACAACGGGACGCUCGACAUCCUUAUAACGACGGUGAAGGACACGGGCUCCUUCACCUGCAUUGCUUCCAACCCAGCUGGGGAGGCCACGCAGAUGGUGGACCUGCACAUCAUCAAGCUCCCCCACUUGCUGAACAGCACCAACCACAUCCACGAGCCUGACCCUGGCUCCUCGGAUAUCUCCACAUCCACCAAGUCGGGCUCCAAUGCAAGCAGUAGCAAUGGGGAUACUAAAGUCAGCCAAGAGAAGAAGGUGGUUGUUGCGGAAGCAACAUCCUCUACCGCUCUGCUGAAAUUCAAUUUCCAGAGGAAUAUACCUGGAAUACGUAUGUUCCAAAUCCAGUACAACGGGACUUACGAUGACUCCCUUGUUUACAGAAUGAUACCUCCCACAAGCAAAACCUUCCUGGUCAACAACCUGGCCGCGGGGACCGCGUAUGACCUGUGCGUCCUGGCCAUCUACGACGACGGGAUCACCUCGCUGACUGCCACCAGGGUGGUGGGCUGCACACAGUUCACCACCGAGCAGGACUAUGUGCGCUGCCACUUCAUGCAGUCCCAGUUCCUGGGUGGGACCAUGAUCAUCAUCAUUGGUGGGAUCAUUGUGGCCUCCGUGCUUGUGUUCAUCAUCAUCCUCAUGAUCCGCUACAAGGUGUGCAACAACAACGGGCAGCAGAAGGCCACCAAGGUCAGCAACGUGUACUCACAGACGAACGGGGCUCAGAUCCAGGGCUGCAGUGGGGUGCUGUCGCAGUCGAUGUCCAAGCAGGCUGUGGGGCACGAAGAGGGCAUCCAGUGCUGCAAGGCUGGCGGCGACGGCGCCAUGCAGUCGCCCGAGACCAGCUCCAGCCAGGACUCGGCCACCACUACCUCUGCUUUGCCUCCCACCUGGACUUCCAGUGCUUCUGGCUCCCAGAAGCAGAAGCGGAAGCUGGGGCCAAAGCCCAGCAGUGAGCUGCAGAGCGACGCUGUGGGCAGCAUUGAGGCCCAGAACAGUAACAGAAAUAACUCCACUGCCCUGCAGUUAGCUAGCCGUGCCCCUGACCCUGCCCGAGGGGCCCCCACGUACAAAAGAGCACAACCCAAGCCAAGUAAGUUCCUCACGCUGCCAGCUGACGCAUCCCGGGCCAAGCGCAGGCUGUCGCUGGGUGGCGAGCUGAUGGAGCCCCGCUGCCCCGGCCUGCGGUCCAAAAGGAGCAUGUCCAUGAACGGGAUGCUAGUCCAGUCAGACAGCUCUGAUGUGGAUAGCGGAAAAGCAACUUUCUCCAGUUCUGAGUGGAUAUUGGAAAGCACUGUGUGA